GCCGGAGCAGCCUCAGCAAGCAACCCCUACCUCAUUCCAAAGAUAUCUUGGGAUAUUGGGCAUCGUCCACUCAUCCACCGCAUUGCCACAGCGGAAGCCACCUCUACACAGUACUACUAGUUGGCAGUGGGAACUUUCACCGUUCCAUCGCUGGUGCUGGGCAUGCUGGGCAACCCUCUUGUCACUCACGUCAUUGGCGGUCAGUUAGCGGCAAACUGCUCGGAGGUCUUACACCCGAUAGAGCGCGACUACUAGUACCUUUGCCUUCCGCCUCUCUCUUCGACAUCUUAACACCCGUGUUUCUCGCCACUUUUAUUCCCUGUCGGCGUCUUCGAUUGCACGCAAAACCACUUAGACCACCGACCAUGACCGGCCUCCGUCUCACCAUCGAAGAUGGCAAGUUCUGCGACGGCCAUGGCAGACAGGUGAUUCUGCGAGGCAUCAAUGUGGCCGGCGAUGCCAAGUACCCAAGCAAACCCGACCAACCCUCGCACGUGGGGGAGGAUUUCUUUGAUGGCGACAAUGUCAGCUUCGUCGGGAGGCCAUUUCCCAAGGAGGAGGCGCACCUCCAUUUCUCUCGGCUAAAGCGAUGUGGCUACAACACCAUCCGCUAUGUCUUCACCUGGGAAGCCAUCGAGGCCGCCGGCCCUGGAAUCUACGACGAGACCUGGAUUGCGGAGACAAUUCAGGUGCUUAGGGCAGCGAAGAGCUAUGGGUUUUACAUCUUCAUGGACCCUCAUCAAGACGUGUGGUCUCGUUUCUCGGGCGGCUCGGGAGCACCGAUGUGGACACUGUACGCGGCCGGUCUUAACCCCCAGAGCUUCGCGGCGACCGAGGCAGCGAUCGUCCAUAACACGUAUCCGGAGCCGGACAAGUUCCCCAAGAUGAUCUGGUCCACGAACUACUACCGCCUUGCUGCUGCCACCAUGUUCACGCUGUUCUUCGCUGGCAAGGAUUUCGCGCCAAAGUGCAUCAUAGACGGAGUGAAUAUCCAGGACUAUCUGCAGGGCCAUUUCCUGCGGGCAUGCGCCCAUCUUGCGCAACGAAUCCACGAAGCCGGGGGCAUCGAGAACGACGUUGUGUUCGGAUGGGAGAGCUUGAACGAGCCAAACAAAGGCAUGAUCGGCUACGAAGACAUCAGCGUCAUACCGAAAGAGCAGGCUCUGAAGAAAGGAACCUGCCCAACGAUAUGGCAAACCAUCCUAACCGGAUCUGGCCGAGCCGUUGAAGUUGAGACCUGGGACAUGGGUGGGCUUGGCCCUUAUAAGGUAGGGCGAACGUUGAUUGACCCGCACGGCGAAAUGGCGUGGCUGCCUGCCGAUUAUGACGAGUCGCGAUAUGACUACAAGAGGAACACGGAAUGGAGGCUAGGAGAGUGUCUGUGGGCGCAGCAUGGCGUUUGGGAUCCAUCCACCGACAGGUUGCUCAAGAAGGACUAUUUCAGGAAGCACCCGACCACCGGGGCCACCAUUGACUAUAACUACUUCACCAACAACUAUUUCAUGGACUUCUAUCGCAAAUACCGCGACAUCAUCAGGUCGUACCACAAGGAUGCGAUCAUGCUCUUACAGGGUCCCACCAUGGAACUUCCCCCGCUGAUCAAGGGCACUCCGGAUGGCGACGAUCCGUUGAUGGUUUACGCCCCGCACUGGUACGAUGGCAUCACGUUGAUGACCAAGAAGUGGAACCGGACGUGGAACGUCGACGUGAUAGGUGUGCUGCGCGGGCGGUAUUGGCAUCCGGCUUUGGCUGUCAAGAUCGGCGAGACGGCCAUCAGGAACUGCUUCAGGGAUCAGCACGCGACCUUGAGGAAAGAGGGCCUUGAGCGGAUCGGGAAUCAUCCGUGCAUGUUGACGGAAUUUGGCAUCCCGUAUGACAUGGACGAUAAGUACGCCUAUAGGACGGGUGACUACUCGAGUCAAUCGGCCGCUAUGGACGCCAAUCACUUCGGAGUGGAGGCAUCCGGCCUGGAAGGUUAUACAUUGUGGCUGUACAUGGCCAAAAACGACCAUGAAAAGGGGGAUCAAUGGAACGGCGAGGAUCUAUCCAUCUUCUCCAUAGACGACAAACUGCUGCCCCUCUCGGCACGUCCCAAGAGCGCUGAUUUGGAUGACUCCUCCUCGACCUUUAAUGCGCGCUCCUCUGCACCGAAGAAGGAGCUGGACGACGAUGACAGCGUGACGCCAGCCACUCUCAGGCGCUCCCUCACAAACCCUUCCAUCUCGUCGGAAGCCGCCUCACGCCAACCAGAGCUGACCGCUUCCCCGGGAUAUCGGGCAGCAGAGGCAUAUGUGCGACCAGCGCCGAUCGCUGCUGCUGGGUUGAUCACGAGUUACGGGUUCGAUCUCCGGCAAUGCCUCUUUCACCUGACCGUCAAGGCUCCCAAGGUGGCAGACCCCGAAGCCCCGACGGUAGUAUUCCUGCCCGAGUACCACUUCCCUAGGGACGAGUGCUCGAUCGAAGUCAGCUCGGGGAAGUGGGAGAUUAGCAGCGACGAGGAGGAGACUGUGCUAAUCCAGCGGCUGCGCUGGUGGCAUGGCGAGGGCGAGCAGACCCUAAGAGUCUCGGGCAUCGUCAGAACCCACAAUGUCGGCGAGCGCGCUGACGAUGCUGGCGGCUUAUACGACCAGUGCAACCAGGGCACGUGGAGUAACUGCAAUAUCAUGUGAAGGCGUUGGUUAAUUCUUGUUCUUGGCUUCAGCUGUUCUGGGUUGUUUUGCAAUAUACUCAUGCGCAGGAGUUUGGGCAUAUUCUGGAGCAUGCUAUCUUGGGAAGAGCGAUGGGUUGAGGGAUUCCGCGAUGGCUUGGACAACCACUUUCACAGGACAAGCCAUUCCCCCUAAAUACGGGGAGAUGUUACACGCAGGUACAAUACCAACAUACAGCCACCAUACCGUCUAUUUUUAGGUACUUAAUGUUCAUGAGUUCGUCGUUCGGCAUCAUUACCUGG